GGAUAAAUAAAAGCAAAAUGCUUGAUUAAUUCGUUUAAACAUUUGUGUCCGAUUUGUAUUUUUUACUUUCAGUUCGACCAAUCAAAUUGUCGUUUCUAAAAAGUAUGGGAAAAAUCCUUCCGGUUCAUUCAUAGUUUGGACGAUGCGGCUGAUGGAUUGUAAACAAAAAGCGACAAAACGAAAAUGACAAGCAUUGGCGUGAAUGGCUCGUCCUCGUCUACUGAUGGACUCCCAAAACAGUUCGUGACAUCUUUGAGGAUUCUAUUCGAUAUAUUAGACGAAGAGCGAACAGGUUAUGUUCGUUUACGCGACAUUGAAAGUCGUUGGCAUGAGGAAGGAGUUUCAGGAUUACCUAGCGGAGUUAUUGACACUCUCAGGAAAGUGGCACCAAGAAAUGGGAGACUUACCUUCGAGAAUUUUGUAACUGGUUUAAAAUUAUCUCUGUUGAAGAACACUGGUGCAAAUUUUAAGCAAGAUACUAGUCAAAGGAGACGUGAAAUUCCUCAACAAAAUACCCACAAGCAAGGGCCAGGGGCAGGGAAUGUAAAUUUGCAAACAGAAAAUUUAAGGCCUGCACAACCACCAGACUAUGAGAACAUUGUACCAACUGAAAGAAUGCGGGCUGAUAGAAUCUUGCCAAAUCAGAGUGUGUACAGCGGGCAAAGAACCCGUCCCAAAAUGGGCAGUCAGGUGAUAAGUUCAAAUACCUCUGGAUCAAAUACAGCUACUGUUCGACCAAAUAAUGUUUUACAGUCACAGAACAUUGAGUUGAGGAAUCAGAUUUAUACUCGGGACCAAACCCAGCAGGCUGCAGUGAAAACUCAUGUUAAACCAGAACAUUCACGAAUAACUGAUGAUAGAAAUCAGAAUGUGAGACCAUCCUCAUUCCAUCCAAGACAUAGUACAGAUGGAAACCAGGUUAGAAAGGAACACACUAAAAUACCAUAUAGACCUAAAAGUGCUCUUGCAGAGUUACAAAGACCAAAGGAAGUUAAUUUUAGUGAUGUGCCUGUAUCUAGACCAGAUCGCCCACCUCCAUACCGUAGACCUCAGGAAAGAGAAUCUGAUGCUGCUCCAGUCCUGCCUCCUAAAGAUAUGAAUGGACGUAUAAUGAAUGAGCUGAAAAACUGGCAAAAGGAUCAGCAGAUAUCCCCACCUGGUCACAGAGGAAAAUUACACACAGUACACAGUGAUUCCAAACUUUCUGAUCAGAAGAAGCAUGAAAUCUAUG